UUAUUUUCUAGUAUCCGACAAUGUACAGUGAUGAUCCAGAGACUGGUCAAAAAUUCAACUGUAUCCAGCGAGCGCAUCAGAACACAGUUGAACUCUUGUCGCCAUUCCUGUUUCAAUUAUCUGUGGGAGGGAUUCAGCAUCCAUGCCUGGCCAGUGUGUUGGGAAUGAUCUGGAUCGUCAGUCGGGUGCUGUACGCUCAUGGAUACUCUUCUGGAAAGCCUGAGAAACGCCACCGUGGGUCGUUCGGUAUGGUUGCUUUGCUGGGUCUGUUUCUUUGCACGGUGAACACCGGGAGAACGCUGCUCGGAUGCGAUCAUGGGUUAAAAUGGGUCAAAUGGCCGAAAUGUUUUAAACAGUGAAAACUGCGUUUACAGAUCAGUCCUGUUCUAAUUCUACAUUCUGUAAAAUGUCGUUUUAAAAAAACACUUAUUUUCUCUGUUUUGCAAAUCUAGAAAAACACAAGAGACACUUCACACUGUAAGAAUUUGCUGUGUGUACAUUUGUGCUUUAAAUAAAUGGCACAAAAGUUAAAAAG